AUGACCCCCCUUCGCAGGUUGGCUGAUAGCUUUGACGCUUUCCUGGCAUCCCAGGUGCUGAUCCCGCAGAUCCCUCGAUUGCUUGGCCCUGGUUUGAACAAGGCCGGAAAGUUCCCCACGCUGGUGCAGCACUCCGACAACCUGGAGACCAAAGUCACUGAGGUGAGAAGCCAGGUGAAGUUCCAGUUGAAGAAGGUGCUUUGUAUGGGCGUUGCAGUGGGCAACGUUCAAAUGACACCGGAUGAGCUGAGGCAGAACUGCCUGAUGGCCAUUAACUUCCUGGUGUCCUUGCUCAAGAAGAACUGGAACAAUGUGAUCAAAGAGCUGCUUGGAAAGGGUUCAGUAGUUGAAUCUUUGGAUCUCAAAGAAGCUCCCGACAUUUUGGCUCAGGUGCUGUCGGAUGAGGAGCUUGGACGUUUCACAACAAAGUUGGUGGAUGUGUCGGAUACGGCCAAGGCGCAGGGAUGCGCAGGGUCUUGGGUGAAGAAGCUUUGCUACCAUUCGAGCAGCAAUGCUCCACUUGGUGUUGCAGUGAAUCUGUUGGGCACCAUCAAUGUUUUUGAGGCAGUCAAGGCUUUAGCAGAACAGGAAGUACCCUCUGCCACCGAAGCCUUCUCUUCGUCUUUGUCCAGUGUGCUUGCCUGCGCCUCAGAAAGCGAUGGGAAGAUUUUGGCUCUGACCGAUGACAUGCCGCGCGCACAGAGGCAAUGGCAGUUCCAUGUAGAGCAGACCUUCAGCUUCAGAGACUUGAGCAUCGAGAAAGAUGAGCUUGCAUCAGUCAGAGACUGGCUGCGGAAAGGAGCGCGUGGCCUGAAGCUGCUCACGGCCGACUUGUCAACCCCACAGGCAACCGGCGUUGCUUCAGCUCGGCUGUAUGCCCGUUUCAAUCGGCGCACAGGCUGCGUGAGGGGUGGUGGAAAGCAGUUCCAUGUUGAUGGAUCGGUCAAUGAACCUUUGAAAGCUGUGCGUGUGAAGUGCUGUGCUGGGGAGGAGAGGGAGGCACGCAAUCGCAAGGGAGGCGCUGGUCGUGUGACUGUUGCUGAGCUUAAAAGAGUGCUUGACUGUGCUGACGCUCUCUUGGAAAGCGGUUGCAAACCGACUCCCAGUGCUGUGGCCAUGGAGGUGGGCGAUUGGUGCGCCAGCUAUCCGUGCCGUUCUGAAGCACAGGCGACAGACGCGGGGCAAGUCAACGCGAACCACAAGAAGCUGAGUUGCGGGCUCAUCAAUGCUUUGAUGCCUCUCAUCAUUGACUUCCAUGGUCCAUGCGGAACAUUGAAUCUCACGUGGAAGAAGAGCGCGACCUGCGAAGAGGAAGAGGACGAGGAUGUCGGUGCGAUUGCGCAGAAGCCGCAGAAGCAGCUUCGGAAAAAGGUUGCGAUUAAAAAGUCGACUUGCUUCCAAGAAAACGAGUCGCAAGGUCACUCGCGACCAACAGGAGCAGGGUACCGUGUGGAGGCUGAAGCCGCGUUGGCGCGCCAGACGGCCACGGAAGACAUCAUGGAGCAGGUUUUUCGUGACUCGGUUUGCCUCGCGCGCCACGCGCGUCGCAGUACGCUUGUCUCCAUGCGCGCGAACUUCGGUGACCCGCUGCUGAGGCUUGAGCCUGGGAAUUGGCUGAAAACCGGGGGGCUGGAAAAGUUGUCCCAGUCGCCUACGCUUCCUCUGGUGCUGUUCUUGGGCCUUCUUCCGAUUAUGCUUCAGGCGCACCUCUUCCUGCUGAAAGAGACUACCACAGGUCUCCGUCCACUGACCAUUUUCGGCGUGGGGCGAGAGAUUGGCCUCACAUCUGGCCCCACGAAAGCCGUGAAGGCGGCGAUCUUGGGGCGCCGCUUUGAGAUUGAGGUGUCUGGGACCACGGGAUUUCAUCACGUGGCCGAUGUGGCGAGGCUCUUUGUGGAGACCCUGGGAGGAGCUGUUCGCCAACCUGGAGCGCAUGUCUGUGGCAUCAAGGGCCACGUGGUGUCCUAUGAGGAGUUUUUAAAGGAGGCCGCCAAGAUUGUACCAGAGGUGGCAAAGCUGGCUUGGAUAAAGCCGCAAGCUCCUGAAGUUCCAAUCCAUGGUGAUGUGGACGAGGCACCAUUGCACAUGUUGACUCAGAGAGAGACCAUCCACAUGACCUUGAAGGAGGCAAUCGCAGAGAUGGUGAGGCGCUACCAGGAUUUGAAGGCACGUGGCAAGCUCCGAGACCAGGAUUUAGGGCAAGAGCCACCGGUAGCGAAGCUGUAG